AUGUGCACCACACCAAAUGCUUUAGAAGAGAAUUGGCGCGAAAAAAGCCACAAGCAGCACGGACGCAAGAUCCACACCUCACUGGCGCUCGUGACGGCGACAAUGGACAUCCGCUCGUUCUUCCAGAAGAAGGCUCCGGGCGGAAGCAACGGCAGCAGCAGCACCAAGAAGAAAUUGGCAACGCCAGCCAAGCCAGCCAAGCGAUCAGAGCCAGAACCAACACCUCCGUCGCGUCCUACAGGUCGUCGCACUACUAAACAGAAUGUGGUAGUGCUGGACGACAGUGAUGAGGACGAGAAAAACGGUAGUAGUAAGCGCAAAGCUCCAGCACAGAAGAAGGCACAGCGCGUAGACUCCGACUCGGAUUUUGAAAUGCAACCAAGCGAUAAUGAAGUUAAAGAAGUGACGCCCAAGAAGGAGCCACUGAAGCGGCUACGUCGUGCGGUCAAAGCUGAUAGUGACGAGGACGAGGAGAUGCCGGAAGUGAAGCCUGAAGCUAAGAAAGAGGUGAAGAUAGAGAGCAAGCAGCCUGCAACGUCGUCCUCGAAGCGUACUGCAACUGACGACUCAGAGCAAACCACUGUAAAACAGGAAGGAGCGUUGAAGAAGGUGCCAGCGCCGUGUUCCGGGUGUUUAGAUGGUAAGACAUUCGCGUUCUCCGGUGUGCUGGAAAGUCUGUCGCGCGAGGAUGCGGUGCAUCUUGUUAAAAGCUGUGGCGGGUCUAUCGCCAUCAGCAUUACGCGUAGUACAAAGUAUUUGGUUAUCGGAUCUACGCUGGAGCAGGGUGGCAAUGUGACGGAUGGCUCUAAAUACAAGGAAGCCGUGGCGAAGAACGUCCGUAUCUUGACGCAGAACGAGUUCUACAAUCUCAUCACCGAGGCUGCAACAGCUCAACAGACUCAGGACUUGGCAGCUGAGAAGGCGAAGAUCAAGGCCGAAACUGGUGCACUGAAAACCUCCUCGAAAGGAAACCAGAAGCUCAGCACAUCGAUCAACGACGAGCUGUGGACUGACAAGUACAAGCCGCAGACUUUAAACCACAUGAUUGGCAACAUCGAACUGGGCAAGAAGUUGAAGACGUGGCUUCUAGACUGGGAGGCCAUGCACGUGAAAGGAACCAAGAAAGUCCCGUUCUCGACGAAGCUGUCUGAGAACCGUGGCGCGAAGACGGUGCUGCUGUCGGGACCUCCAGGUAUCGGCAAGACGACGAUCGCGAACCUGGUUGCUCGCGAGUGCGGAUUCGCGUGCACCGAGCUGAACGCGAGUGACACACGCAGUAAGAAAAUGCUGCAGACCGGACUUAAGGACGUACUGGGAACGCAGGCGCUUCAGUUCGGCGCUGCUAGUGGAGAAUUUAAAGAGAAGAUGCACCUCGCUCGUCGUGUGAUUAUCAUGGACGAGGUCGACGGCAUGUCAGGCGGUGAUCGUGGCGGUACGGCGGAGUUGAUUCAGCUUCUCAAGAAGUCGAAGACGCCUAUCAUUUGUAUCUGCAAUGACCGCCAGAGUCAAAAGGUGCGCUCUCUGGCGAACCACUCAUUUGAUCUGCGUAUGCGUCGUCCCACCAAGGUUCAGAUUGGCAAGCGACUUAUGGAGAUUGGGCUGAACGAAGGUCUACACAUGGAGAAGAAUGCCGUUGAAGAAGCGGCCGAUCGAUGUGGCAAUGACAUUCGACAGUUGCUCACUCAGAUGCAGAGGUGGCGUCUUACUACCACCAAGAUCACGUACGCGGAUAUGGUGAACCCUUCUUCGCAGCACAACAAGGAUGAGAGUUUGCGGCUGAACCCGUUCAGUGCGACACAGCAGAUCUUCCAGCGCGAACUUUCGUUUGAUGCUAGGAACGAGGCGUACUUUGUGGACUACGACCUGAUGCCGCUGAUGGUGCAGGAGAACUAUAUCCAGAGUAUCAUGAACAAUAGGAGAUCGUCGGACGAGAACUUGGAAGCGGCCAUGCACGCGUCGGAGUUCAUCUCGGAGAGCGACUUGCUGAAUACCUAUGUGCGAGUGGAGCAGCGAUGGGAUCUGCUCACGAAACAGGCAGCUAUGAACGUCGGUGCCUGCGUGUACUCGGCUGGGUUCAUCGGCCACCCGGAGUUUUCCAAGUGGCUGGGAAAGAACUCGUCGGCGUCCAAGUCGAAGAGGCUGCUUAGUGAACUCUCUGUCCGAAUGCGAGCACACGCCUCCGGGUCGCGAGAAGUCAUUCGUCUUGAUUACGUGCCGUAUAUGAAGGAGAUUUUGCUGAAGAAGCUGCUGUCAGGAGAAGAUAAUAUUCAUGAGGUGAUUGAGCUGCUGGACGAGUGCGAGAUCUCCCGAGAAGACCUGACGGAGUCCAUGGAGAGCUUCAAGUUCCCUGGCGUCAAGCGUCACUCGUACUCGGAGCUGGACACUAAGGCCAAGACGGCGUUUACGCGAAUGUACAACAAGGCAUCGCACAAGUCACAAGCGGUUGUGGAAGCGGUACUUGGGUCAACCACCAUUAAGAAAGCACGAGGGAAGACAGCCGUCGCGAAAGACGAUGGCAGUGGUUUGCCGCCCCCGUCGGAUGCCGAGAGCGAGCCAGAGGAGGAGGACGUGGAUGUUAGCAAGUUCCAGAAGAAGCCGCGAGGUGGCGCAAAGCGCAAGGCUCCCGCUGCUACAGCAAAGAAGGCACCUCGCAAGACACCAGCGAAGAAGCGCCGCACUUAGCAUAUUGGCAGCUGAAGCUGGUGUUGUGGCUGUCGCAGUAGAUCGGUCGAUACGUAUGUGGAAGUACUGCAAAAUGCAACGUUAUCUUCGUUGCCCCUUCAAUGAACAAAGCUAUUUUACUGAAUUACUUGGAA